AGAGAAUCCUGUCAAACUUGGGCAUUAAGGGUAAAGCCGUUGUGAUGCAUUACCCAGAUAUCCCCUUGCACCUCCACUGGAAACCCCUCUAUUUUUUUUUUUUUUUCAUGCUGAUGUUCAGAAAAGGAUGAUGCCUUUAAAGCAGUAGAAAAUGGGGGAGGGGUAGGGAAAUCAGGCAUGCCAGUGAGAGAGAGGGGAGAGGAGAGGACGAUGGGAGGAAGGCACAGUCGAGCAUCAUGUGCUAUGCUUGAGGAAAGCGCAGGGUGAGGGGAUUGGCUGCUGGAAGCUGUAGCGUCACUGCCAGUGAGAGAGAGCUUGGAGGAUGCUCUGCAAAGCUGGGAGGUACUAUAUUCGUUAGGAGUUUGUACGGAGACCCCCAGCCUCCAUUAGCUACACACGCAGCGCCAGGAGAACCCUGCAGGAUCGUUUUCCCACGCCCAGCUCUUGUUUACUCCUCUUCCAGCCAUGAAUUACCUGCGCCGGCGUCUCUCAGACAGCACCUUCAUCUCCAACCUGCCCAACGGCUACAUGACGGACCUCCAGAGGCCUGACCCAGCUCAGCCUCCUCCACCCGCUUCCCCCACCCCCGCCAAGUCCCCAACAGGCGGGCCGACACCUCCGGCCACUUCCCCCGCUCCGGAGAGGAAACCUCAGCCCGCUCAGUCGGCCGGCGCUGGUUUCUUCAGCUCCAUCACUAAUGUUGUAAAGCAGACAGCUGCCUCGGCGGGGCUCGUGGAGCAGACCCAAGUCACGACACCCAAGAAGUUUAAGAUUCUCCUUGUGAUCGAUGAACCCCAGCAGGAGUGGGCGAAAUUAUUCAAGGGAAAGAAAAUACACGGGGAUUAUGAUAUCAAAGUGGAACAGGCUGAAUUCAGUGAGAUGAACGUUGUCGCCCAUGCCAGCGGCACCUGCAGCGUGAACAUGCAGGUCCUCAGAAACGGAACCAAGGUGGUCAGGUCCUUCAAGCCAGACUUUGUCCUCAUUCGCCAGCAUGCCUUCAGCAUGACCCAGAAUGAAGAUUUUCGCAACCUGAUCAUCGGUCUGCAGUACGGGGGCGUCCCAAGCAUCAACUCCCUGGAGUCCAUCUAUAACCUCUGCGACAAGCCGUGGGCAUUUUCCCAGCUUAUCAACACCUAUAGGAAGUUGGGACCUGAGAAGUUUCCUCUCAUUGAACAGACCUUUUAUCCCAACUACAAGGAGAUGGUGAGCAUGCCCUCAUUUCCUGUUGUUGUGAAGAUUGGACAUGCCCACUCGGGCAUGGGAAAGGUGAAAGUGGACAAUCACAGUAAGUUCCAAGACAUCGCCAGUGUUGUGGCUCUCACUCAGACCUACACCACCACAGAGCCUCUCAUCGACUCCAAGUACGACAUCAGAAUCCAGAAGAUUGGGACCGACUACAAAGCCUACAUGAGAACAUCCAUAUCUGGUAACUGGAAGACCAACACGGGCUCUGCGAUGCUUGAGCGGGUCGCCAUGACUGACAGGUACAAGCUGUGGGUGGACACCUGCUCUGAGAUUUUUGGGGGUUUGGACAUUUGUGCAGUUAAAGCUAUCCAUGGGAAAGAUGGCAAAGAUUAUAUCACAGAGGUGGUUGGUUCCGCUUUGCCGCUGGUUGGAGAACACCAGGCUGAAGACCGGCAGCUCAUUGCUGACUUGGUUUUGGCGAAAAUGACCCAGUUAGCUGAGAGAGAAGCUAAUGCCCCCCAGAGACCCACAACCAUUCAACCGUCCCAGGGAACUGGCCAGAAAGGAGAGACUACAGGCGAACUCACUAAGAAUGGUGCCGGGCGUCCACCUCAAGGCUGCCUGCAGUACAUUCUCGACUGUAACGGCGUGGCAGUGGGUCCAAAACCAGUCCAGGCCAACUGAGAGCCGCGGAGGGAGAUGUUCUCUCAAAGUGUGGAUGGCAGUAUGCCCCCUAGCUGUGCAGACGUGUUGGUGAACGCUGACAGCUGGAAUCAGAUCUGGUUGGUGUGAGCUCGGUCCAGCUGGGAGCUGGCCGGAACUGUGUUUUUUCUUAACUCUAUGCAGUGUCGACAUGUACUGUCUCUCUGUUCACCUGUUGGUUCGUGUGCUUGUAUAGGUCACUUGUGUUUCAGCAGCUGUGUGUGUUCUUCUUUUUUUUUUUUUUUUUCCUCCCUUGGGGCUGUUAUUGAUUAUAUAAAAUGAAAAUUGUGCCUACACUGAGUUCAGUGCUGCUCUGUGCUAACUUUCUAACCCAGCUACGAAGCUUUGAUUUCCCCCCCCUAACACUGUGUCUUUGGUUCAUUUGACAUAAGUCGUGGUGUCCCUCUAGAUAUUAUUCAAACUGUGGCUGACAAUGCAGUUUGAACUUGUAUAUCUUAAUACGUAUAAGAUAAAUGUGUGUGUAUGGUUGUAGUGGUGACUAUUUUUGUAUUUAUACAGAUAGAUAUUUAUUUUAGUUUGUUUGCAUGACUGACACAAAGACUGGUGCAAGUUCUAAACGUCUGAUGAUGUGGGAUGUUUAUCUAACAUGGCUGUUACAUCGCUGUGUAUAACUAAGCUGUGUUUCCUGUGAUUCUACAUUGUGAAUGUGUAAUAACAGAUACAUAUUAAGAGAUCCAUGCAGAAUUUUUAUUUUAUUUUAUUUAAAUCAAUAUCUCAUUCUAGAGAACCUAGAAAUGAAAUUAUUUAGAGUGGUAGAAUAUAAAUUGAUGCCCCCAUAUAAUAAAAGCUAAAGGUUUAUUGAAGAUUUUUAUAACAUAGAAUGUUGUUCAGAUCCCAGACACUGAACUUCACUAUAAUUGUAGAGUUUUGAACCAAAGAAUAUAAUACUUAGUGUUAGUCUUUGCACUCCAGAAACCCACGAUGUAAAUAACGAUAAGGGGACUGUUAAUCGUGCACGUGGGUGGUGCAGAUUAAUGGAGGAACAGUGGUGCAGGAGGAUAAUUAUCUUUUCUAAUAAUGUUUCAGAUCUGAUUCUGUAUCAAAGCUCUUUUUUGUUCAGAUGUUUAGAGGCAAAAAUGAUUUCUGAUAAUCAAACUGUGUGUUAUGUGUGAAUAUUCUGCCUAAAAAUGUUAAAUAUGAAGUUCCGUGUGGACCUUUCACUUUACAUGUAAGCUUGUAAGGAGGUCUUUUUAUUGCAACAGAGUAAUUGUUUUGAGGUUUAGUGUCGCCUUACGUAGUACUGCUCUGCUAAGAUUACUGCCAUUGCUGGGAGUCGAUGGAAAGUGCAAUAUCAAACUUUUUUUUUUUUUUUUUGAUUCAGUAAUAUGCUGGCAGGUGCAUCUCAGUAUAUUAGAAUAUCCCUGGAAUUUACAUUUAAUUCUUUGUUCAAACUCAGAAAUGGAAACUCAUAUGUUAUAGAUUCAUAAUUCAUCCGUUGCAAUUUUCAAAGCUGAAACAUAAUGAAAACAUUAAAUUCAGUCCUCUGGAAAUUAGACUAUACCCUAAUAUGCCGUGUUAGAGCCUACAGAAUAAUGGUGGCGACUGCUGACCUAACAGUAGUAAAUCACAAAAGGUCAUUGGUAAAGAAGCCAGCUCUUUAGAGUGCCGAAUCCCAAUGUAAUUGAAACUUCAGUGGAAUCAAAACGUUUGGUAGAAAAAGGUUUUCUAAAGAGAAAAAUCGCUGCACCGUUGGACCAAAUUACUGAAAUAAACCGACUAUCAAUGAUAUUUUUAUUUACUGAGAUGCAAAUGUAUAAUAAAAAUGAGAUCUUCCAUUAAAAUUAUUUCGAAAAGCGAUAAUCAACCACACACUGAAUUGUUUUUUUUAACUAGUGUCUUUUUGUUCUGGUGUCUUAUCCCCAUGUUGUUGUCCAGUAUUUAUUUAUUUUUUGUUUAGUUUUUUACAAGGGCCAUCUCUUUUAUCUAAUAUCCUAAAUGGUGAAAAGAAACCAAACUGUAAAAAAAGAAGAAUCUAUUCAGCAAGCUCUGUGUGCAGUUCUUUUUCUAGGCUGUAAUAAGUGCCAUUGUUUAUUUGUGAGUGUAUCCUUGUAGAAAGCCAUGCCUGAGGCUUUAUGGAUGUGUUGUUCUGUUUAUUAGGAAAUAUGCCAUGACAUUAAUGCGCAGAGAGACACAAGUCAGUGACGGGUACGUUGUUCGGCCUCAGUUUGGCUACUGAAUAUAUCUAAACUUUGUCAUUUGGCCUUCGUGUUGAGGUGAUACCCGUGUCUGCAGACUGUAACUAGAACUGAGGGACCAUUAGAAGCAUUGAAAUCAAGAUCCAGUUCAAAAUGGGAAAAAACAAUAAUGUGUGGACUCUUUAUGUCACUGGCAAUAAAGCUUUCUUUGCAAUAAGA